GCUUGGUAACUAAUCAGUCAGCUGUACACCCCCGGACGGUUGACGUCUAAGAAACUUUUAUAUACGUUUUUACCAUGUAUUGUAUUAUUAUUUUUGCCGAACUUUUGAAAAAUACGGAAGCUGUAAGUGCAUUGUCGCUAAAUCUAAAAAACCAAAGCGCUCGUAGUAGGUCAUCCUUCGCCAAUUCAACUGUUAAAAUUAAUGAAAAAUAUGGAGAACAUAGAACCCUCUACGUAAAUCCAAACUGUCGAGUACAGAUUUUAUUGGACUAUCUCUAUGACGUAACUGGUCUAGAGAAAAAACAAGCUUUUGAUCUUUGUGACGUAAACGGAGUAUUAAUGAAUUUAAGAUCCUUGAAAGAAUGGGAUUAUGCUACGAAGGUUCUGGAUCACCAACAUACUUAUUACAUUAUCCUUUAUGAACGUGAAGAAGCUGGUAAAUUAUUUAUUGAACCAAUGUUGAGAAGGUCAUCAAAAACAAAUGCAGAUUUGAUAGUUCUCUUGAAAAGACAGCUCGGGUCAAAUGCUACGAUAUCUAGUAGAGAAAAGAGCCCACGAAGAAAAACAAUCGAAACUGAAAGAGGUUCUUUAUCCAAUAGAAGACAUUCUUCGAGAAUUAAAAAGGUAAAGCUAUCUAAAUCUGCCCUUCAAUAGAAAAAUAAUUGAUUUUUAUUCUGUUAUACUUUUCUUUUACUCAGUUAUUUUAUAUAUGCUAUACAUAAUAAAUUUUUUACGUGUGUGAUAUAAACUAUAGGUUUUGAAUAAUUAUUACAACAAAUUUUUAUGAGACAGAGGGUGCUUCGCGAAUGAGCCCAGAUGAGUCAAAGCCCACGAAUCGAAA